AGUAUGUUGCCCUGUGUUUGCGGAAGGGACUCACAGUCGCCACUGGGUGGAGCCCUGCAGGUGUCUGUCGGGCUGCUGCGGCUGGGGAGGGGGGCGGCAUGACUGGGAAAGAGCCACUGCUGGGGACCCUGAAAGCAUGCAUCCUCGCCAUCAAGGAGGGGAGCAGCCUGUGCACUGAUGUCUCCCCGCACCUAGCCCCCUUCUGCGAGAUCCUGGAAAUGAUCCUUCGAAAAGGAAUUAAACAGCCGGUGCUGGGCUUCAAGAGACGAGAUUAUUGGCACUGGUUAGAGCAGCUUCCUCAGCAGGAUACCUGCAGCGGGGUGACCCCCUUGUCAAUCAUGAUAGAGAAAGCCAGUUCCUGUGAGAAGGUGCUGACAGCGCAGGGACGAGGGCGGUACUUCCUGCGCCUAGCUUUAAAUCAGAAGUUACUAGCUACUGCCAUUCAACAGCUGGCUCGGAAUCCAACACUGCUGGAGUGUUACGAUCCUCUGAUCUCAGUGCUGGGAAAUGAAGAUUUCAUGGAGCCGUUCCUCUCACUGAUGCUGGUGGUGUCAGAGAUGAAUUUCUCCCUGGAUCUGCAGAAUUCCAGUUUCUUGGAUGAAAGUUGGCUGCUGCCGGUGUGCAUGACCUAUGAGACUGUACCCUGCAGAGAACUGGGGAUGGUGCUCAGGUACUUGGACGGUCGGAUCUUUGUCAUCGAGGUGCUUCCCGAGAGCCAGGCAGAGGUGGACGAGGUGGUGCUGGCUGGAGAUGUCAUUGACGAGAUCAGUGGCUUUUCCCUGAGAAAUGCACGCAACGGACAGGCAGGGACUGUGCUGCAGAAGCUGAAGGGCAAGCCUCUGAGCUUCCGCAUGAUCCGGUGGAAGUGGCACGACGGAGGGAUGUACAAGCCGCUGCUGCCCUACCUGAAAGUGCUAAGGGAGAAGAUCCCCAGCUUCCAGCUCCAACAGGAGCACACACACAAAGAGGAGAAGGAGGAGCGGUGCCUGCAAGGGGGCAGGCUUCUGUACAACCUGCGGUACCUGGGUCAGGCCAAUGUAGGAAAGUACGGUGGCAAAGAGGUGCUGGACGAAGGGAUACCCACGGUGUUAGAGCAGCACCUGUGCCCACGGGAAGUUUUAUUUGACGUGAAAGAAACUGAAGUCUUCAUACAAGAGAAAACCUCUUCCAAGGUUCUGUUCCAGUACCCCUAUCCAGAGAUCUCCUGUGUGGGUCGCCGGUUGGACAGCAACCAUCUUUUUGCCUUCUGUGUUGGGGUUUCACCAGGGACCCCCGAACACAGUACCUUUGACUGUCUUGUGUUUGAAUCAAAUUCUGAGAGAGAAUGUGAAGAAAUUAUCAAGAGAAUUGCUGCUGGAUUUAAACACACUGAAUGGUUUGUCUGAUGAGAAGGUGGAGUGAUGGCUCUAACUCAGAGCAUUCUCGGGGCACUCCAGUGACCCACAUUUGGAGCCCUGGUGACAAUUCCAUCCUAUUUUCAGAUGUUAAGACCUUGACAACGGAUUAAGAGGCUGUCUUCACCUGUAAUGAACUGAAUUUAGGAUUUUAAACUGUCAGAAUUUUGGAAGGAAGCAUUUCAAAUGCAUUCUGUUCUAAGCUAUCAGUCUGAAGGCCAAGGCUAACUUACUGCCCAGUCUCAACAUCAUAAACUGUUCUUUCUUUAAAAAAUUCCCCAUGGAGAAUUUCACUUGUGGAAUAAAACAAGAUGGGAAUAACA